AUGUCGAGCACCCCCGCCUUGACCCAUGGCGAGUAUGUGAAUGGUAUGCUGGUACUCGCGGCGGCUGCCACGACCUUCGUCGGGUACGCAAGCAGUGUGUACUGGGAGCGCACCGUAGCACUGUGUCUGUUUCGGCGCCGUGAGUUGGCCCUGGAGCAGGAGAUUGCCGAGCUGGAGACAGAGGCCAAGGAGAUCUGCACAACGUCGAAUCUGUACGAGCACAGCCGUCGUAUGCGUAGGGCGCUGCGGCUGCGUCAGGAGCUGGAGGCGGAGCGCCAAAGGCGCCUCACCUACGAGUUUUCGGUGGCUCGAGUCGUUUCGCCGCUUCCAGGUGGCGUCUCCCUCGCUUCUUGGUUUGGUCGGCGGACGCGCGACGCCGCAGCGGUGACAGCAGCACCUGGUCGAGUAGGCAAGGCCAUCGUUGGCAACAAGCCCGGUGUCUUACCAGAUCUUUGUGCCACCACUACCACAUCCUCCCUGACGCUGGUCCAUGCCGCCGAGUAUUCAACCACUGCUCCGAGUCGACCGCAGGUGCUCGUGGAGAGCGCGAUGAAUGUGCUCUGGUACAACGCUACAACUGUCGUCAAGUAUCUCCUGCGCUUUGGAAGCGCUUUGGUACUCCUGUGCGUAUUUGGCAACCGGCGUGGGCUGAUAACUGUUCCGCCAUCCUUCGCAGAGACGCUGCGCUACUGCGCCGUUGAGGUGAUGGCGCCGUUACUCCUCAAUGCCUUCAUGUACGUGCCAGCUCUCGUCUUUGCACCUGCAAGGCGCGCGUCGUUUGUCAACACCCACGGAGGCAGAGCUGCGGACGGUGCCGUUGGUGUCAUUCACGGCAGCUUUGCGGAGACAACUCCGCCAUCGUCGUCGGCACCCCCGUUUACUGCCGUCACGGGCUCCGCGAGUGACGCCGGCGUUGCAGCAACGGUUCAGCACGCAGACAUUGGCGUCUGUGGGAGCCAUGAUCUCGCGUCGUGGCUGUUGGCGUGCUACCUCGCCUCGUACUUGAUUGUGCGCGUGUUCGGUUGA